UACUUUGAACUCGGAGCCCUGAGUACAAGGCGCAACAGUAUCUGUUACCGUCCGCCCCCCCCCAUGGCUGCCAAUAUAACCUUUAUAUUUGCUGCAACUCGGCCCAAGUGCACCUGUGCUCGGGCCGUACAUUUAAACGCUUAGUACUCGCCAAUACAUAACAGUAAUUGAGAUCAGUGUAUUUGUAUGGACAUACUCGCACAUUACUCUAUGCUUAUUUCAUGUAGGGCACUCAGGGACAUGAUAACUUACUGGGCCUCCCAGGCCCUAGCAACAUUUCAUUUUAAUGCUCCUAACCUUUGGGUAUAAGCCUUUUUUCCUAAACAUGUACUAAAACAGCUUAACAGUUUGUGCUGCACUGGGCUCUCUAAACCUACUGAGGCCCCACAAUAGUUAGAGGAUCUUCUUCCUCUGUAACAGUGGCGUAACUAUUCUUCCUCUGUAACAGUGGCGUAACUAUUCUUCCUCUAACCGUGGCAUAACGAUAUUGAUGGGCGCCAUAACAAAUUCAAUUUAGGGCCCAAAACCAUUUCAAAGUUGACAAAUUCUACCAAGAUAUAUUAUCUUUUUUAUUAUUUGGCCCGCUACACUCCUGGGCAAGGUCUUUCUCUGUAGUUAUGCCCCUGCCCUAUAGCUAACCCACCAGACCACUGUGUGAGCUGCAAACCAGUCCACUUGCCCAUCCAAUUAUGUAAAGAUAGCCAUUUCAUGCUUCUCAAACUCGGGCUGGUGGUGGAUUUGAAUUAUCUUUACUGUGUUGGUGGAAGCAUUAGAGCAAAAGUAGCAAUUUACUCUAAGCAGCUUUUGUAGUUAAAAGUUUCCUACCAUACCAAGUCAUCUGUAGUCUAAAAUUGCCCUAUGUGUUAAUUGCUCAUUUUAAGUUUAUUUACAAGGAAAGCUUUAUUUGCAAAACAUUAAUGCUGCACAUCUCCCUGUUUAGCGUUGCAGGCCCACUGCCAUGCAUUAAUGUGCCGCGUGUUUAUCCCUGUGUUACUAAUGCCUUGCAUUGAUAUGGAGUCUCGUGUCUAACACAAACCUCCCAUUGUGGAGCACAGGAGCAUUGACCCUAUGUACAGACACACUUUGGGGAGUGUCCCCUCUCCCCCUUCAUGUUUUCCUCCUCCCAGGAAGCCUCCAGGAGCUAGGGGGUGGAGGGGCCCUACAGCUGCUGUAUUAACUAAUUCAGUGUCAGACCAUGUUCAGUGUGCAGCUGAGUAACCAGGAAACCUUAAUGAACUGUAAAUAGAUCUGGCAGGUCGUAUGCAACUUUUCUGAAGCUAUGCACUCACUGUGGAGGAGGUCUGAGCAGUCAUUAGAAUUCCCAGUUGGGUCAGGGAUUUGCUGUUUAAAGAUUUCUUAAAGGCUCUAAUAUCAAGGGUUCAGCUUGAAGUCACAUGGUGUUUUCCUAAGUCAUCCAACACACUAGACAACGCACAAGAAGUAUCUUGAAGUGUGGAGCCUGUGCCAUGUGGAAAAACCUGACUUUGUUAAGCUGAAACCCCCAAUAUCUUGUGACUUCCCUCCCAAAAUCCAAAGAUCUCUGCCAGAGUGUCCUUUAACGUCUCAGAAGGUGGAGGAGCCAGCACGUGUCCCCGCUCGCCUGCCCCACCGCGCCAUGAAGCUGCAAGCGGUGAUGGAGACCCUCCAGCGGCAGCAGCGGGCACGGUUGCAGCAGGAGCUGGAAGCCAGGCAGCUUCAGCAGGACUCCUCUGAAGGCCGCACACCACCAUCAGUAGGCUACCCUGGCAAUGGAAGUGAGGAAGCAGAGCCAGAGGCCUUAAAAAUCCAGCGGGCACAGGCAGCAGCCCUGGCUGCCAUGAGGGCAGCUGCUGCUGGACUCAGCCAACAGCCUAGUCCAGCUGCUUCUGAUGAAGAAGAGGAAGAUGGGGAAAGCAUGGCAUCUGAUGAGGAGGAUGAAAAAGAGAGGGAUGGGGAAAGUGAACGGUACCCGGAUAUGGGAUCAGAGGAGGAGGAUCUGAAGGGAAAAUGGGAUGAGGAUGAUUUUGAGGAUGAAGGAGAGGAAGAUGAUUAUGAGGACAUGGAGGAAGGGAUGGGAGUGAGUGAGGCUGGCAGGGUGGGCAAGGGGUCGACAUUGCCCCCCAAGCACCCUAAUCCACAGGCAUUUCCAACCCAGCGUUCUGUAGGAGCAGAGCGUGCAGGGCUCCCUCACACAGGACACCCCCAACUGCAAGAUCAUGGAGACUGGACAUAUGAGGAGCAAUUUAAACAGCUCUAUGAAUUGGAUGGUGAUCCUAAAAGGAAGGAAUUUCUGGACGAUCUGUUUAGUUUUAUGCAGAAAAGAGGAACCCCUGUGAAUCGGAUCCCAAUUAUGGCCAAGCAGGUCCUUGAUCUUUACAUGUUGUAUGUCCUGGUGACAGAAAAGGGUGGUUUGGUGGAAGUUAUUAACAAAAAGCUGUGGAGAGAGAUCACUAAAGGCUUGAAUCUACCAACUUCAAUCACCAGUGCAGCCUUUACACUGCGCACUCAAUACAUGAAGUACUUGUAUCCCUAUGAAUGUGAGAAGAGAGGCCUUAGUAAUCCCAAUGAACUGCAGGCUGCCAUUGACAGUAACAGGAGGGAAGGACGUAGGCAAAGCUUUGGGGGCUCCCUAUUCACAUAUUCACCAAGUGGUGCCCCAAGCAUGCUUUCAUCCCCCAAGUUACAAGUGUCUGCUCUGUCACUAGGGGGUGUUGCAACAAAUGGGAGCUCUCUCUCAUCCAUGCAGAAAAUCAAAAAAGAGGAGGACUCCCCAAUCUCUUUGACAGUUCCACCGCGAAUUCCAGUCUCCUUAGCUGGGCAUUCUAUGGUGGCAGCACAAGUAGCUGCUCAGGCAGCUGCUCUGGAGCAACUCAGAGAAAAGCUUGAAUCUGGAGAGCCCCCAGAAAAGAAAAUGGCAUUGGGUACAGAAGAGCAGCAGCGACUGCAGCGAGCCAUCCAGCACAAUCUCCUGGCAAUGACUGCACAGCUACCCAUGAACAUUCGCAUUAACAGUCAAGCUGAAGGAAGACAAGACUCUGCAGUGAACCUCACAACCAAUGGAACUAACAGUAUUAGCAUGUCCGUGGAGCUAAAUGGUAUUGUGUACACAGGUGUGCUCUUUGCUCAGCCUCCUACCUCAGCGUCUGGGACUAGCAAGGGGAGCUCCAACCGGACUGGCAGCAUUGGAGGAGGCAGCAGCACCUCGCAAGCUGCUCCCCCCCCAGCCCCCUCGGCGCCCACGUCUAACAAUCCUUCUCCCUGACAUUGAGCCGCCAAAUCUUCACACAGCUGACGCCAAAAAUGUUGGAAUUGUUCCUUGUUUCACACUCAGGUUUAUUACUCCGCGCAGGAGGGAGCUCCCGGAACGCAGUGCUGGGGUGUUUUUAGGUGGGGGCUAGGUUGAGCCAGCGCAGAAUCAGUCAGAAAUCUCUUCCCUAAGCGAAAAAAAACACAAAUACCUCAUUUCUUGCACUGCAAUUAAAAUAUAUUUUAUAUUACCUCCAAAACCACACUGCCUACCCCUUCAUCCCAAGCUGCGCUCCGGAAUCCAUCCACAUGCAAAUAUCUUUUUCCCUUUUAACUUUUAAUAUCUAAAUAGGAAAAACAAGGGGGGUAUGGAUUUUUUCAUGUAAAUGCCUUUUAUUCUGAAAAUCAAAGAAAAACUUUAAAAAAAAAAAUAAAAAUGGGAUAUUUCUGUAACCCCCACUCCCCCCCCCCCCCCCACUUUGGACUUACAAGAGGCACUGAAUAUCAGCAAAGUGGGAUGUGCCUAAGACGUCUCCCCAAUGGGCAUGUGAGUCCUGACAUUCCCACCCCUCCACAGACUCGGAAUGUUAUUGGGGGCAGCUGGGAAUGUAGAUCACUGAAUGUGUUUUUUGUUUUUUAUUUUAUUUUUGUGGUUGCCAGAAGAUUUGGGUUUCAGGCAGCAUCUGAACCUUUAUAGCCUCCACCAUUCCGUUCAAACCAACCUUUGCAAUAUUUAUACGGGUCAUAUCGUUUGGUUAAAAACCCGAGUACCAUGUCGGGUAGCGGGUUGUUCUUUGUUUCUGAUUUUGCAGUUAUUUUUUCUGGGGUUGUAUUACUUAAUCUGUAUUUAAGCCUCCUGCCUCAAGUUCAUCUUGAAUCCUGACGAUACAGGCCUUGGAGGAUGUUUGAGGUCUGCUUCUGUGGAGUGACAAUUGAGUGCAAAACAAUGUGUGCCAGCCAUUUUGGCUUGGACUUUUGUUAUUGUUCUCCCCACUUCCUAGUCACUGUGGGUAUUUGAGACAUCUGUGUUCUUCCCUUGAGAGACUGAUGUCCUACAGUAGGUGUAAAAUCUGACAGAAAAAAUAUCUAUACAGCUUAUACAGCCCUUAACUUUUACUCACCUCAUCAAAUAGGUCAUUGGUCAGUACUGCUUAAAAUCAAGCUUGUUUACUUACAACUUGAACAUAGGGCUAUUUUGUUAUGGCAACCUUCUAAAAUGGUGUUCCCAUGUGGAAAUUCAAACUUUGUAACAGGGGUAUCAAGCAUGUAACCAUCUAGCUGCCAAGGAAUGUUGGGAUUUGUUGGGAUUCAUGGCAUUACAUUUUCUGCCCUUUGAGACAGGUUUGUUAAAAGGUCUGUUUAGGAUAUUACAUUGCACAUCAUUUGUGCAGUCACCUGUUUUUUUAGCCUUGAAUCCCCAGAUCUUGCUCGACUACAACUGCCACCAUGCUUGGUUGAAGCAGCAACAUCCUGGCUCCCAGUGUUAAGAAACAGAGAAUUAAAGGGCCAUUGUUUUAUCAAAUAAGAUAACUUAAUUUUUUUACUAUAAGAAAGCAAUAGCCAAUCCACAAAUUAUUAUUAUUAUUAUUAUUAUUGCUUUUUCAUCUGAGGACUACCUUGUCAUAAACUUUUUUAACAUGAAAAUUGUCCAAAUGUCCAAACUGAUCACCAAGACCCCUCCAGACUGGCUGCUGCUUUUGCCUCUGUAGUGUGUCAUCUGAGCUGCCACUUAACUGGCUGGAAAUUGAGUGAAGGAUCAACAUUUUCAAAAGAUCCAAGUUUGCAUUGCACACCACCUAGCAAUCCAUAAACUUGCCUAGUAAUCUUGGUAGACAGUUUAACAGAGGCACACUUUUAAGUUAAGAAUAUAAAACAAGGCAAGCUUCUCUGCCUGGUUAUAAGCCAAGCCCCGUGGCUCUGUGUUCAACCACUGAAGCAGAGCAUUGGAUUUUUUCCAGGGGUGAAAGUGUGUGUGUUCCCUGUUAAUGUGCAAUACUUGAGCAGUUCAGUAACAUUUUGAUACAUGAAAUCACUGUGCCUACAAAGCAAAAUCAUGGAUCUAUGGUUCACAAUGCAUUUAAACAUGGCAAAUAAAGUGACAUUUUGUGAGGUAAUAUCAGUUUAGGGAGAACUUUUAAUUUAAAGCUAUGGCACAUGGAUGUUUUGAUCAGUGAUGUGACUUUCCGCAGAUUACCCUUCCACUGACUGCAAUGGGAAAUAAAGUGAGUAGGCCAUUGUCUACAAUAAUUGCUCAAAGCACCAGUGUGCGCAGUUGUGGGGUGUGGGUCACUUAAAAUGCUAGACUAAAGAUGGAUACAUGAUUGCAUACUUUCAUGUAAUUUACAUUGUAUAUACAUGGUCAUUCUACAGAACUUGUUUUUAAGCAUUACUGACCCCUAUUAAGGGCUAGCCAUCUCCUUCUCCCUCAUGCUAGUAAAUCUCUGCAAAAACACUCAAAAUAUGAAUUUCUACAAGUCACAGAGGCCUUAUUAUAUAGUCCCCGUCUGAGCAUAACUGCUGAAGAGGUAUGAUAGAGAAUUAGUUUCCCAAUUGUGUGUGCCCUAAUAAGGAGAGAGGGUGCGUCAUGUAGGGACUCUGUAACUCUCAGGGUGUGCGCUGCCCUACUUUCUCUCAUGUUCUCGCUGCUUUUCUGUCCGUGCCCUAAAAUUGGGUUUGGGAUAGUAAAAUAAAGAAAUAUUCUCUAUAAUAUAUAAAUAUAUAUAUAAAAAUAUAAUAUAGUGUGUAUAUAAUGACUUGCUCUGCAUGGGUUUGUGGAGGGGCCAGAUUAUAACUCAGGGGAAUAGAUUGUUUUGUCUGGCUUCACUUCUCAUACUGCAGGAAUGGGAUUUUGUCUGCUGCUUAAACUUUCACAUUUGACAGAUUAGAUAUUAGCACAUUGUUUUAUUUCUUAGGAAGGACAAGGGGUAAGUAGCUCUUGGCACAGGCAAGCUUCAGAACUUCAGCUCUGUUGGAAUAGUUUUACCCAGCUUUCCAUUUUUUGGGGUUCUGCAAGAGCUGGUGUGCCAAAGGUUGCCUAUGACUUGACUAGUAGAGACAUUUGGAUUGUUUCUGCUUAAACAUUUACAAAAAAAAAUGUUUAUUCAGCUUUUCAUUAAAGAAACACAGGCCUUCACAGCUGUAAAUCUAAUAAAGCUGGUAGUGUAAAUAUGCUGGCUUGAAGAGAAGUGCUAAAUUCUUAGAGCCUUAUACACGGCGAUGGGCGGUGUAAACAGUGUUUCUUUUCCUCUUUUUAUAACCAUUUUUCCCGAUAUGCCCUUUAAUGUAGUUACUUGUUUGUGCUACCUGUUCUGGAAACAAGCCUGUGUUAAGACUGUUUUUACUAGCGCGAGUAGUCAUUUUAAACAGUAUGAGUUUCACCAACCUGGUCAUUUUGUCAUCUUAAGGUGUGGGCAGUCCAUUCAUGUCCACCCAAAAUAAUGUAUUUAGAUAAAUGCGAUCAUAUUCUAAUAGCUUUCUCCCUGUCAGUGCCAACAUGGAUUCAAGUAGAUGUGAUGUUUUAGUGUUAAAGGGCAAACAAAUAUUAGUAGCUUCUGCUUCUGGCAAACCAGUUGAAAAAAUUAUUUGGAAGGCUUCUAAAGGGCUGUGACACACAUUAACUUAAGAAUGCAGCAGCACACUAAACUACAAUGACUGUAAAUACCUUUGCCUGCUGUCAUCUAAUUCCUAUUCAUGCACUUAUCAAAUGGCGCCAUCACUUCCAAGAUCCCUGCCUACUGGAGCAGCUGUUCAUGGUUUUGCGUGAGAGGUCUACGGCCAUCUUAAAUACCUGCGUGCCAUGAGCCUAAGAAACUGCUCGACUGAACUUUAUCCUAUAGCUCAAUCUGUGUCCACCAUGAAUUCAGAAUGAUCAAAACCGAUCCAAUUAAUUCAUCUAAAAAUCUGAUUACAUGAUAUCCUCUCUGGUCUCAUCAUCAUGUAGUAUGCACAGAAUCUAUAUGUAGUUAACCAGUUGCUUAUUUCUGAUUUAUCAACUGUUGAGAUUUUGUUUGUUUGUUUUUUUUGCGCUUAAACACAAAUUGGAGUUUUGGUUCGAAAACUCGAAUGUCUGCUAUUCAAGUGCAAAAAAACCCGAAAACUUGAAUGUAAAAACUAGCCUUCUAAAAGCUUGCGUGUUUCUAUACAAGUCGAUGGGAGUUGUCAUGGGCAAAGUCAAGCCAUAUUCUCAAACUGGAAUUUUUCAAGAUUUUAUAGCUCGUAAACUCUAAAAAUUGGAGAUAUUAGAUUUCCUUUUAUUCAAACGAGUUAUCCUUAGAAAAUAAGUGACCGUUCAAUAUACGAGUUCAUUCGAUUUAUAAAAACAAACUCCAAAAAUGAGCCCAUAAGAGUUGAAAGCUAUAGCAAUUCUGCAAAGAGGAAGUCACGUUUGGCAUAUUGUCUUAUAAAUGACUCCUUAUAUCUUCCCUUUGGAAAUAUGUGAAGCACCUUAUAAGACUAUGCAUAUUCAUGACUUUGGCCCCAAAAAAGUAAAUGUUUGCUUUCUUUAAAAUACGAAAUAUUUACAUAAAUUACGCUGCAUUUUUUUUUAAGUGCCUGUUCUUUGUGUAAAUGCACAUGGACAUUUCUUAUUGGUCCUUUACAAUUUUGUUUUAUUUUUUUUUUUUUUUUAUUAGCCACUGAAUGUAUUUUCGUAUGAAAACACUCCUGGUAUAUAUUUGUAUGCAAACAAGAAUUUGGAAUAAAUAUCAUAAUAAAUGUCAGCUGUGACUUAGGUCAUGUAGUUUUGCCAGCUGGAGCACAUGGCUGUGUUUUUUUUUUUAUUUUUGUUUCAUUACUUUAUCAUGGUCUAAAAUAGCUCACGCCCAGACAAACAUUCCUUUAUUACCAAGUGUAAGCGCCCAAUUGUAAUAGUUAUUCUUGUGUACUUUAAGAACCACCACAUGAACAAUCAGAAGUAAAGAAGGAAAGUGACGUGUGUUCAGUCAGCAGUUGAUAAAACAUACAUCUACAUGGGACUGUGUUCACUCAUCCAAUAUGUUCAUUUGUGUGAAGUUAUUGAAUCCGUGAUAGCACUGACAGGAACUGAGCACAGUGAUUUGAUAAGGCUUACUCCUUUCUUUAAUCCUAAUAAUGCCGAAAAAGGAUUUUCAUUGUUUGCCUGUGCAAACCAAUUGGCGUUGCUCUGUGUGUAGACACCCACUGCUCUUACACAAGUUAAAGCGCCCUACAUAGAUUACCUUAUUCUCUACACGUUAAAGACAUUAGCCUUCAUGAAGUAGGUGCAUCUUUUUUUUUUUUAAUCAGUUUACACUGGUCUUCAAUGUUUUCCCUGUUUUUGUAAGCAUUAUUUCUCAUAUGAUCAAUGAUUUGCAUGAAACAGGCUAUUGCUUUGCAUGCCUUCAGGCAGGCAGUUGCGUUCGUUAUCUGCUUAAUUUGCUAGCUGGGAUUAUUAAAGGGGCAAUAUAUAGAUCCGGUGUGCAACAUGAAUGAAUUAAGAGAUUUUCCUAGUUUUUUGCACCUAUCUGCUAAGAGAUGUAACAUUGUAGGAUUUACACUUCUCCCACCAACCUUUUUUUUUUUUUUAUAUAUAUAUAUUUAGAACAGUUGGGAGAGAAAACCUAAAGGUCCCCAUACACGGGGCACCAAUAUCUGCCCCUUAGACCGAUUUGGCAGCUAAUCGGCCCGUGUAUGGGCACUACCGACGGGCCCGCCCGACCAAUAUCUGGCCUGAAAUCAAUCGAAUUAGCCUGGAUUUUGUAUAGCGCUCAUUAUUUCUGGAAAUGUGGCAUUCCUGCAUUAAAAUAAUAUUGGGUUUUGUUGUGGUUUUUUUUUUUUUUUUUACACAAGAAAUCUGACUUUUAUACACAGCCUACAUCUAUACUUCUUGUGUUUAAACAUAGGUGUAUAUUGCCCCUUUAAUGGCUGACAUUAGUGGCUAUGAUUACGGUGAGCCACCUUUUAAUAAGGGAUGUUUUGACAAUGCUUUGUGUCUGACUGCUUUGAAAUAGAUGAAGCCAUGACUUAGGUUCAUUGUAUGUGUCCCAUGUAAAGGCAGCUUAUUGCAACACUAUGGAUUUUUAUCAGGAAAUUUUUGAAGGCUAAAUUAUGGGGAACUUUGGGGACUUGUGUCUCUGUAAUAAAAUGCCAUGUGUGCUGUAGCCCUAAGGUUGGUGAACUGGUAGCAUCAAUUCAUAUUAAAAAUAAACUUGACUAGUAAAUGUGUUUUUGUUUGGGCUUGGGUGGUUUUUCUGACACCUAUUUUCAAUUUCCAUCUUUAGGGUUGCCUAAGGGAACUUAUGAUCUUUUUGAAGGACUGCAUUCUGCCUUUAUAGCACCAUAGUUAGCACACAGCUAUAUUUUGUGAUGCAUACAAUGCCUUUUAUAGCAAUUCAUUGCUAAGCAGCGUUUUGUAUCCUGGCUAGGAGAACUUAGAUUUCAUGUGCACAUCUCUCUUCCUGCUUUCCCAGUUUGUAUUUUGUUUGUAUUUUAGGGGCUAAAAGGGCUGAUUUCAUUAGUUUUAGUAAUGUGUUAUGUAAUUAUUUUGUUUGGGUGAGGGAGAAUUCUGCUGAAUUUAAAAAAAGAAAAAAGAAAAAAAAGUGAAAUCCUAUGUAGGAAACUUUUCACCACCUCGUCCUGUAGCCUUGUUCAUACCCGAUUUAAUGGAAGUAGGGGAGGGGGGUAGGGAAGGGGGGUAUUCUCCUGUUCUGCAUACAUCAGGGCUAUAGAAUUUAGUGGUGAAGAAAACAAUAAACUGCAAAUCAUUUAGUUACCCCUUCUGCGCGAGAAGGACCUGGAACACUUUGUGCAGCAAUAUGUUGCAGCCCCUUCUGGAGCAAAAAGGGUUAAACUCAGGAAUGUCAUAUCUCUACCUCAGAACUCUGUGUGGGUAUCAACACUCACAAAGCUGGAAUUGUAUUUCACAGGUUUCUUUCUUUUGUUUUUGUUUGUUUUUUGUUUUUUUUUUCUUCAAUCCUUCAGGUUUUAAAGCCUUGUGAUUAUAAAUAUAUUAUAAUGUUGUAAAAACUAAAAUGGUAAAAAAAAAAAAAACCCUGAAAGUUUACAUUUUAUAACAUUAUGCAGAUUGUAUUUAAACUUCAGAAUAUUUAAAGAGGCAAAAAAAAUGUUGUAACUUUGAGCUGGAUGGAAAUAUUAAACAAAUUUCUUUUAA